AUAUUUUUAUUAUCAAAACAGGAGUCAAUAUUUUAAUAACCUAACUUGACCUGAAGAUCACUGUACUGCAUCAGUAUUUCAUCAGUAUGCGUUUAGCAGACGACUAGAAUUUAACUCUUGAAUUUAUUAUUUUUAUUGGAAACUUUCACUUGAAAACUAAAACUAGUUUCAAUCAGGAUGAAUCGAAUUUUAAAAUCACUCAAGAGUAAAGAAACUCGAGAAUGGCUAAUGAGCACACAUUUUUGGGGACCAAUGGCAAAUUGGGGUAUUCCCAUAGCUGCAAUUGCCGAUAUACAAAGGGAUCCAAAAUAUAUUAGUGGAAAAAUGACAACUGCUCUGUGUUUAUACUCAGCAAUGUUCAUGCGAUUUGCAAUAAUGGUGCAACCACGUAAUAUGCUUUUAUUCUCUUGCCAUUUUGUCAACGAAUGUGCUCAAUUAACGCAAGGAUUCCGAUUUAUUAAAUAUCACUUUGUUGAUAAAAAAAUCGAAAAUUAAAUGCAAUUAAAUUAAUUGUCUAAUUAAUUGUCUGCCCAAGAGUCUAAAGUCCACAAAAACGUUCCAAUUUACAUUGAAUUUUGUAAUAUAAAUUAUUGGUGCCCUGCGGUGGCAUUAUAUACAUACAUUAAUAUUAAUUGAUUGUAAAUAGCUCUGUUGAACUAUACUAAAGUUUAUUUAAAAAAACUAAGUAUUUAUUUGAUUCGAAAUACAAAAAUAAAAUUGUAUACGACUA